AUGAUCGGGCGCGGGCAGACAGACGAGGACAUUCGGAAGAAGCAUGAGGACUUGGUUGCACUGCUUGAGAGGCUUACGGCAGAAAUAGGCUCCUUCCAAAAUGAGGGCAGGGGGAAGCUUAUAGAGCCGUAUAAGCAGUUCUUCGAUGUUGAGACGGGGAAAUUGAAGGAAACAGCGAAGCACAUUCCUACGUCAGAGAAAUUUACGUCGAGGUCUCUAUUCCUAUGCUUUGUUUUCUGCGAUACGCUCGUCGUGUUUUCCGAGCGUCUCGCGAGAGUCAUGAGCCUCAUUAUCGAUCUUGACCGGAAACGACCGAAGGUGAGACUGUGGGCACCAAGCGGUUUUGGAAAAAUCGGGAGGAAGUUGAUGAAGACCAGAGCUUAUGAAGGUGAGGAUAUCAAAAGUGUGGUCCCUCUGUCAAUGGGCACCGCAGCGGACCCAUCGGAAUACAUCGAUAGCGAGAACAGCACGAUGAGGGGUGAGGACGAUGUAGACGAUGAUGAGGAUAGCACGAGGGAACGUUCGCCCCCUCCCAAUAAGAAAGCUCAAGCGGACCUUGAUGAUCGAUGCGAACGCCGCAACCCCGACGCUUUACCUCCAAGAACUGGCAUGGGCCGAUUUGCCGUUCGUUUGGGUUCGUUCUUCCGCUGGUUCAAAUCUGCCGAAGGGAUCUUUGCUCUACGGACGGCUGUUGUGACGCUGGCGCUGUGGAUCCCUGCGGUUGCACCAUCGAGUGCGGGAUUCAACUACCAGCACAAGGGGCUGUGGGCGUUGAUUAUGGCGCAGACCUCGCUAGGUGUUUACGCCGGAGACCAGAUUGCGGGCAUUACGGUCAGAAUGAUAGGAACGGUGCUUGGGUUAUUGGUGGGAAUGGCUGUGUGGUAUAUCGGAGCAGGAUCAGGUUCUGGCAAUCCGUACGGAAUCGUUGUCGCCACGACUGUCUUCAUUGCGCCAUUCCUAUACAUGCGCGUUGUGGCGCCCCUCCAAGACGCGAUGAUAUGGAUCCUCGCUGGUGUUACAAUCAUUUUCGUCGUUGGAUACAGUUGGAUAGAUACCCAUCUGUUGAUUUUUUCAAACUCUGGGGUUGGAGUGGAAUUAGGAUGGCGUCGAGCCCUUUUGGUCGUCAUUGGGUUCACUGCUGCUUUCAUUGUCAUGCUCUUCCCGCGACCUACGUCCGCGCGGACCCUCGUUAGGAGAACGGUUGCUGCAUCGCUGGAACACCUCGGCCGCGUAUAUGCAUCUGAGGUUGACGCCAUCCUCGCGGAAGAAGCCAAGGGACGCAAAGGCAUAUUAGAAAAGCCGAACAUGGAUGAGCACAUCGAGGGUGUAGAGGUGUCACCGAAGGAAAAGAGGAUCCGGAAGCUAGCGGAGAAGUUGCUGGCUGUUGCGACACGGCUGCAAGCCCUCACGCCAUCUCUGACCACUGGCAAGUGGGAGCCACAGUUACAAGGCUCGUGGCCUCAGCAACACUAUCAGGCAUUGCACACACUUGAGACUCGGUUAAUCUCGUGCCUUGCGCUGUUGGCUGGUUCGUUUGUCAGGCUUGACACCAACUGGUGUUACAUCUUAGUUCAUAAAACCCCUUUCCUCAACCCCUAUCUGCUCGCGGACGUCUUUUCGACCAUUUCUGUCCUUUCACAUGCCUUAUCAGCAGGACACCCAGUACCCGCUUCGCUUCCCCGCCUUCGCGACCGACUCAUCUAUCAUGACAGACAUAUGUUCGCACACGAGCAGUCAGUCCCUCUCAGUUUGAAAGAUGACAACGAAAAGGCGGAGCCGGGCCAUGCAUCCACCAAGGCACUCGACCCAAGCCCGAAUAAAGUAGACGGGGUGACUAUUGGGUUUGAGGAGUUGACUUUGGAUGUGUUGAUGGAUGAUCAAUUGCCGGCUCAUUCGACUGCCGUUCUGGCGAUAUCCUCGGUGCUGGGUAUCGUCGAUGAGAUCGCAGAUAUAAUACGCAUUCUGUGCGGCGAGACGUCCUUUGAAGGAAUCAGUGCUUUACAUCAAGAAUACCUCAGCAGGGAAGAGGCUAUGUUAUACCACCCAAGAGGGCCGUGA